GCCAGCGCGUGGGGCGAAGUUUCCCCACGUUGCCGCACAUCCGCGUGUCCGUUAGCUUUGAUGCUAGCAGUAUUAGCAGCGGCUGGGUCCAUCUUCACGAGGCGAAUGGCAACGGAAACGAAACGCGCAAAGGUUGAUGAUGGCGCUGAUCUCAGCCCUCUGCAGAACUUUCUCCAGUGGUGUGACAGAGUCGGCCUGGUUCUCAGCAAAAAGGUGUGUGUGAGCAAAGAGGGAACUGUGGCAGAGUACGGCAUGCUGGCUCUGGACAGCAUCCAGGAAGGAGAGGUGUUGUUCACUAUCCCCAGAUCAGCUCUUCUUCAUCAGGGCACGACAAAGGUUUCCGCCCUGCUGGAAAAAGAGCGGUCGUCUCUGGAGAGCCCGUCGGGCUGGGUCCCCCUGCUGCUGUCUCUGCUGUACGAGCACACCUCCUCACAGUCCCACUGGAGGCCCUACCUCUCUUUGUGGAGCAGCUUUAAAACCCUGGAUCAUCCCAUGUUCUGGUCUAAAGAGGAGAGAGACGAGCUUUUGAAGGGGACGGGUGUCCCGGAGGCGGUGGACAGAGACCUGGUGAACAUCCGGCAGGAGUACACAGACGUGGUGCUGCCGUUCAUGAGCAGACAUCUGGACCUGUGGAGCCCCGACACACACACACUGGAGCUGUACACACAGCUGGUGGCCUUCGUCAUGGCGUACAGUUUUCAAGAGCCGCAGGAAGAGGAUGAGGACGAUGAGGACGAAGAUGAUGAUGAUGAAGAGGAGAGGACCCCCAACCCCCCGAUGAUGGUUCCGAUGGCCGACAUGCUGAACCACGUGUCCAGUCACAACGCUAAUCUGGAGUUCACGCCAGACAGUUUGAAGAUGGUGUGUGUGCGUCCCAUCAAGAAAGGCGAGGAGGUGUUCAACACGUACGGACAGAUGGCCAACUGGCAGUUGCUUCACAUGUACGGCUUCACCGAGCCGUACCGCCAGAACAGCAACGACACAGCCGACAUCCCGCUCUGCAGCCUCUACAGAGCCGCCACACGAGGUGUUGAGUCGGAUUCGGAGCGGCGGCUGUUGGAGGAGCGCUGGGAGACGGUGUCUCAGAUGCUGGAGGAGAAAUCGGCCUUCGUCUUCGGCAAACACGGCUGCCUCACAGACACGGAGCUGCACACUGCGCUCAAGGUGCUUUGCAUGUCCAAGACCGAGUUCUCAGAGUUCAAAGACAACGAAGGAUGGGAAGAAGACGACGAGGACGAUGAGACGAUUUCCCGGGCUUUCUCCGACGAGGGCCUCCCUGAACUGAGGUCCUCGUGGAAACAGCUGAUUCACGAUGCAGCCGGCGUCACUCUGAAGGCGUACGGAGACGGCGAGCAGGAGGGGGAGCAGGUCCUCGCCGGGGAUCGAGCGCUGAUGGAGGACGAAGCAGCGGCGGCGAGCCUGAGCAGCAGGCAGAAGAGAGCCCUGCAGGUUCGCUUCGGCCAGAAGGUCAUCCUGCACAGACUGAUGGAGCUCACCAAGUCCUGAGCGCCAUGGGGGAACCUCACACCUGUUUUUUUUUUUUCUCGUUAAAUCUGAAACGUAUGCAAUGCCUUUUUCAAAACUCCAAAUAAAUAUUUUUCUGGAUCAUGCUACUGUGUUUAACUGUUGAAAUAAAAUGCGUGCGCUGAAACUGUG